CCGGAGGAGGUUGCAGUGGGAGCCAGUGUGUGGUUAGACGCCGAGGAGUGAGCACGCACGAACCCACACAGGCGAGGCGCGUCACACGAAGGACUUGUACCACAGGGCCUCUUCCUCCCUCCUUCGUGUGUCUUAGAAGAAAUUAAAGCCUGAGGAAGGAGACUACGAAGCCAACAGACGCAGAGCUGAAAAUGGGUGUCAGUGCCAACUUGAAGAGUGUUUCCCUCGCCCUCCUGCUGGCAGCGAUGGUGGCACAGGUCGCGUUGGCACAGGACGCGUCCCUCGGGCAGCCGGAAUCGGACUAUCUGCCACCGCGCUCUGCCAACACUUUCGAGCCAGCGGGUAGCGUAGCCCUAAUAGCCGAAGUAGCCCCGUCACCUGCUGACUGCUCCCAGGUGUGCCCCUUCGACUACAGCCCCGUCUGCGGGAGCGACGGCGUCACGUACAGCAAUGACUGCACCUUCAGCGUCGCCGUCUGUAGGGACUCGGGCCUCCGUCGCCUCUACGCCGGUGCUUGUGAACUUCCUUCAGCCCCCUCUGGGUCCCCCGCCCCCUCCCCCUCCCCCAAGACUUCCUCCUCCCCCCUCCCCCCUCCGGUCAUCCCCUUCCCUCCCCCGACCUUCGACGUGAAAGACGGUCUCGGAAAUCUCGACGUCACUUUCGACUACAUUGACCCCGAGAACAUCCCGACCUUUGACGUCGUGGACCCCAGCGCCUGCCCCGAAGCCUGCACCCGCAUUUUCCUCCCCGUGUGCGGCACCGACGGGGUCACGUACAAUAAUAAGUGCCUCUUGGACAUCGCCGCUUGUAAGACCCAGCUGGCGAGCAGUCCGGUGCAGUUCGCCUUCGAAGGAUCUUGUGAAACGCUCGAAUCCGGCGUCAUAGGCAACGUUGAACUCGGCAGUCCCCUGGCGCCUGCAACAUUCACUUCUUGCCCCGAAAAUUGCAACAAGAAGUUCGCUCCCGUGUGUGGCACAGACGGAGAGACGUACAACAACGAAUGCAUCCUCAAUGUUGCAAUUUGCAACGCACGGGAGACGGGAGUGACGCUGGCCAAGGCUCAUGACGGCGCCUGCGCCCCGCCCCCCACCGCCGCCCCCGAGGGACCCGCGCCCCCCCCAGUAGUCAGGGACGAAGCCACGCCCGCCACGGCUGCCCCUGCAACAUCCUCUUGUCCCGAGAACUGCAACAGGAAGUUCGAGCCCGUGUGCGGCAGCGACGGAGAGACGUACAACAACGAGUGCAUUCUCAAUAUUGCAAUUUGCAAGGCACAGCAGACGGGGGUCAAGGUGGUCAAGGCCUACGACGGUGCUUGCGCGCCUCCUGCCACCACCUCCCCCUCGCCGUCAGCAGUUGGCCCUCUGCUCGACGCCUUCAGCUCGAGAGGCGACGGAGAAGUGCCUGCAGAGGCGUCAGUGCCUUCCUGCCCCGAGAACUGCAACAGGAAGUAUGAGCCUGUGUGCGGCACGGACGGAGAGACAUACAAUAACGAGUGCAUUCUCAACAUUGCAAUUUGCAAGGCCCAGGCGAGAGGCGUGGAAAUUCAAAAGGCUUACAAUGGCGAAUGCGACACAGCAACCUCCACGCGCACCCGCCCCGAGCAGCAGCAAGGGGAGGACUACGGAGCCUUCGCCGCGCAGGACGACGCCUCCGACUGCCCCGAAGUGUGCGACGACGCCUUCGCCCCCGUCUGCGGCACCGACUCCGUCACCUACGACAACCUGUGUUCCCUGAAGCAGUCCUCGUGCCUGACGAGGGCGGCCGGCGGAGGGGCGCCGCUCGUGACGAGGGCCUUCGAAGGACCGUGUGUGGCCGCUCUCCCUCGCGGUCCCAUUUGCAAGGAGGAGUGUGUCCGAACGUUCCUCCCUGUCUGCGGCAGCGACGGGGAAACGUAUAAUAAUAUCUGUCUCCUGAACCUCGCCGACUGUCUCAAUCCCUUCGUUACGAUUUCUCUUGUGAAGGAAGGAGCCUGUACAGACGGAGACGAAGACUCAUCUGCAGAUUCGGACGAGUUCGUGGGCCUCCUGUCGGACACCUUCCCUGACCCCGGUCCUCCUCCUCCUCCUCCAGGCGGCUCCUCAUCCUCUGACCUGACCUCGUCUGAACUUACGCCCCAUGGAGGUUACUUACCACCUGUGUGAUUUGUCGUAUUUUUUUUUUUUUUUUGCGUUAAUCUAGGGUAUGGUAGUGAGAGAGGAAGAGAAAGGGGGAAAAAUAUAGGCGUAUAUAGUUAAAUUCGAUGAUGAUUGUAGAAAUAGAAUAUUGAAAAGCUGUGAUUGAUUGAUGAUUUGUAGAUUUAUAUAUGGUUUGAAUAAAAUUUUGAGUAAAAG